GUCCAACUGGUCUGCUCUCGCUGGGCCUUGUCUGGUUUGUUACACUAUCUCUCGCUCUAGUCCUCGAUACCUUCGCUCCCUAGCUCAAAUACUCAUACGGCAUCUCAGCUACAUGCAUCUGCCAUUUACUCCUAAUCAUGUCACCCUCGUCUCAGCUUGCUACCCGCCCUCUGCUGCGCUCCUCACCUCAGGCCCAGAUUACCUCCCCAACUCACAAGAACUCUCCAGACUAACCUACUAUGCAUCUAAUCGUCCGGGCAAAAUCAACAAGCUCGCCAGCGAACUGGAGAAGCGAGUGAGGACGGAUUGUCGAAAAGCUCAAGCAGGGAACACUCGAUCACGCGCAUCCCUUCUCAUUACACUCUACAUCCUCAAGUCACUAUCUGCAGAAUGUCGUCGCGACAUCGCUAUGCUAACAAGUUUCCUCCUGUCUGCCGUCAACAUUACUCUUUCCGCGCAUCUGUCGGAUUUAGAGGUAGCAGCGAGGGCGGCGACAGUGUUUACGGCCUGGGCAACCUAUACCGACGGCCAUCUCAUCGGCGUAGAUAGAGAAGUGACGCAGAAUUACAUGUCUUGCCUCCAACACUUCUCCAGUCUGGGAACGCAGAGGUUAGAUGACCGUGAGACCAGAAAUCGCACGCGGCUCGUGGGUUUAGCAGCCCUCAUCGCUGCCGUUCACUCAGAGGCGCUAUAUCAUUCGUCCACACACUUCAAACUCCAAGUUUCAACUGUUACUUCGGCUCUUCUCACUCCCUUGCUCGAGGCCGAUGUGGAUACGUUGAAUCAUGAGGCCUCGUUCAUCAAGGAUCAACCGAAGUUCGCUUUUACGGACGACUUCCGGACAAGACCUGCGUUGGAAAGGCGCGCAGCAUCCAUCCAUAUACACGUCGACGGUGACAAGGGUCCUUCGUCUGGUGACGUUGUCAAUGCGUCUCUGCAUGCCUUGGCCUCAUUGUUUGGACAUUCUACCGGCAUGCAAGCUACAGUCAUCUUGUCCGCCGUCCUUGAUUAUCUAGACGACUCGGGAGGUUGGAGCAAAAUUGAGCACUGCCAGUGGAUAGCUGCGAAGUCCGCGGAAUGGACGCAAUACCAAUACCGGUAUGCCGUUCCAACUAGGCUCGUGGAAUGCCUGGUAGAAGGCCAGGAUGCGUCGGAGCCAACUGCACGCAACAGUACCCUCGCAGCAAUGGUGACGACUGUCUUCACAUCGCCGACCCCGCUGGUUAACCUGUCGACAUCUGACAUGAUUUCGAGCCUCAUAUCUCUCGUAUUCCGGAGAAUCUCCGUCAGUCUGACUGAUGGGUUGCUCCCUGCACUUGUCGAGUGUAUCGCAUCCUUGGGCACGCAUGUCUACUAUGCUGAUCAAAUCCAAGACCUUGCUGGGGAGCUUAUCAGUCGCAUAGUUGUGGUGGAGUCGAAUGGCUUGCCUGCUGCCACGAAAGCGGACAGCGAACAGUAUCGAUCGCAGGCACUGCGGUGUCUCAUCGCAGGUCUGUUGGGCCUCAUGCAUGCAGCGGAUAUACACGAGAGUGCGCGAGAACAAGGCGCCGGUUCUCCUAAGGAAGUUCAUGUCGCAGGAACAAGUCCGGACCUCCCUUCGUCGAGCAAACCGGACCCGCGAGAUGUGCAUAUUCGCCCCUCCCGACGCACGAGGAUAUCCCCCGAAGUCUGGCAAGAUACCCUCCUCCUCCUCUGCGACCGUGACUAUGCCGUGCGGGCAGACUACGCGGUCGCUCUCAUCUCGUUUUUGCGCUCAGAGGCACCCAGACUGGGUGACCAUACGGACGCAGAGGUCUCAAAACGUCGCAGAUCCAUUGUCGAUGGACCUACGGAGCAGGCGCACACCACGGCAGCGAUCGUACAUGGAGAUGCGACGACGCGACUGCUCAACGCUCUCCAUGCGUACGUCUAUGUCCUCGCAACGGCAUCCAACAUCGACCUUCACUCGUACGCGGCAUGCGGACAGGACCGCCCGACCACCUCGUCUGGCACCCCACGGGAAGGUUCCGCGAAUGCUGACCCUGACCAGAUGAGCCGACGCUCGAUGGCCUUGCCUCCGCGUUCCCGGAAAACGUCGUUCGUCAUGCGGGCGAUGUCGAACGUUCCGAAGAGGCUCUCGCACUCUACACCACCUGCGGCGACGCUCUCGGAUUACGGGAACAUCCUCGCUGUGUUGACGGCCGUACACGAGCAUCUCCCUGUACGAGGCCUGUUCACUGGGGUGCCGAUGCUUCUGGCUCUGGACAAAGCUGCGCGUGAAGGAUCCCAUGGCACAGCGUUCGCACCCUUUUCGCCCGUAAUGCAGCAGUUGGUCGCUCGCACAUGGGCGGUGAUUGGAAGAGUGUGGAAAUCUCCUGAGGUGAUAGAGAGAGCCGAGCAGGUUUUGUCUGCUUUGCCGUCCUCCGCCUCGCUUCCCUCUGUGCCAGAAGCACGUCCCGGUACUCUGCCUUCCCCGCAACAACCUGUAUCAAUCCCUAGCCAAGAGUCAGCGACUGACUUGCCUGACCUCGACUCCGAGUCAUUGUGGCGGUCUAUCGCCAGCAGCCAGCUUGUGGCUGGAACCACUGGACUAGACAGCGAGGGACUAGGACGUCGCUUGGCCGCGGCGUGGACUGCAGAGGGCGCCUUCACAGAGUCCGUAGAAGCUAACACUGGCUAUGAUACCAUCGGCCGGGACGCUCUCUCGCCACUGGUCAGGGUCGCGCCGGCCUUGAUGCACAUCGAGAACAUCUCCCUGCAGAGUCUUGCCCGCUCAACUCGAGGAGUCGGUGUCAACGACUUGCGAGACGCAUUGGAGGGACGCAGCAGCAUCUCAAAUCCCAACCUCUCCAACAGGGCACCGUCGAUCUCGACACUGGACCAUACAUCCUCCGUGGCGCACCCCGAGACACAUCUUAAGUUGACACCCACGAAGUCGCGCGGGCAGCGGAGCAGACUGGCAGGCCCUGGGGAGGUGCGCGAUGUGCUGAACAAGCUAGGCAUUGGCAAACAGAAUGGCGCCUCCCAACUGAAGUCAUCGUUCUCGACCUUUCAAAAGCCCGAACAACGCGCCUCUCCCCUAACUCCUCCUUACACAGCUUAGCUGUCGCAUCGAGUUCGCGACCAGCAAGCCUUGCUUGAAUUUUCUCACAUACCACAGUAUCUCUAGCCACUAUUUCUCACUCCAAAUUCCAUGGACGCCGUUUUGCAUGUCACUGUAAUAUCC